CUCGUAUAUUGUGUGAGCUAUAUAUACUCCUACCUAAUUAAUUUCAUUCCAUUUCUAUUUCUAACAAACCAAACUCAAAAACAAAGCAGCAACUAUACAAACUUCUCCUUUACCCAAAUAUGGAUUUGGAAACCAACACUAAGGGCUACACCAAUGAUGGUACGAUGGAUCUCCGCGGCCGCCCGGUGAUUGCUUCUAAGACAGGCAAAUGGAAGGCUUGUGCUUUUCUUCUUGCUUAUGAAGCAUGUGAGAGAAUGGCCUUUUAUGGCAUAGCAUCAAACUUGGUUGUUUAUUUGACAACUCAACUCCAUGAAGACACCGUUUCGUCGGUUAGGAAUGUGAAUAACUGGAAUGGAGUGGUAUGGAUGACACCGAUCAUCGGUGCUUACAUCGCCGAUGCUUAUCUUGGUCGAUAUUGGACUUUCACCAUCUCUUCUCUCAUCUAUGUCAUGGGCAUGAUAUUGUUGACUAUAGUUGUUUCUCUCAAGUCCCUCAAACCAACAUGCACAAAUGGAACAUGCAACAACAAUAGUUCAUCACACCAAAUAGUGUUGUUCUAUACUUCCCUCUACAUCAUUGCCAUAGGAGCCGGAGGCACGAAACCUAAUAUUUCAACCUUGGGGGCGGACCAAUUCGACGAUUUUGAUUCCGAUGAGAAAGAACUCAAAGCCUCCUUCUUCAAUUGGUGGAUGUUUUGUGCCUUCUUAGGUGGUCUAUUUGCCACUGUAGGACUUGUCUAUAUCCAAGAAAACUCUGGAUGGGGUUUAGGGUAUGGUAUCCCUACCAUUGCCCUUAUCCUAUCUUUGAUUGUCUUUUAUUUAGGGACUCCUAAAUAUCGACACAAACCUAGAAACACAAAAAGUCCUACAUCAGAUAUUGGUAAGGUUUUAAUCACUUCAAUGGCUAAUUGGAAACUGAAAGUUCCUACUGAAUCUAAGCAAUUUCAAGAGGUUCAACCACAAUAUUAUAUCACUACUGGAAAAACACCGGAAAAUAGAACUUCGAUUUUCAGGUUUUUGGACAAGGCAACCAUAAAACAAGGAAGUUCAAGGCUACCAUGCACAGAAGCACAAGUUGAGAAAACAAAGCAAGUAUGUGGAAUGAUAAUGAUAUGGCUAGUACUUCUAAUACCUAGCACAAUAUGGGCACAAAUAAACACCCUCUUUGUCAAACAAGGAACUACCUUAGACCGUCGUAUAGGUACUCAUUUCAAAGUCCCAGCAGCCUCUCUAACAAGUUUCGUUACCCUAACAAUGCUCCUCAUUGUACCUAUUUACGACCGUUACUUUGUCCCCUUAAUGAGGGCGAAAACCGGGAACCCUAGAGGGAUCACCAUCCUUCAAAGACUCGGCGUUGGUUGUAUAAUCCAAAUUGCGGCCAUAGCAUUCGCUUAUGUGGUGGAGAUGCAAAGGAUGCAUGUGAUUAAGGUAGACCAUGUCACAGGUAAAAAUGCCAUGGUUCCUAUGAGCAUUUUUUGGUUAUUGCCUCAAUAUGCAUUAAUUGGUUUGGCAGAUGUUUUCAACUCUAUUGGUUUGUUAGAGUUCUUCUAUGAUCAAUCCCCGGAUGACAUGCAAAGCUUAGGGACGACGUUUUUUACGAGCGCGAUCGGAGUUGGGAAUUUCAUGAAUAGUUUACUUAUUACUUUGAUAGAUAAAGGGACAGGUAAAAAUGGUGGCAAGAGUUGGAUAGGGAACAAUUUGAAUGAUUGUCACUUGGAUUACUACUACUUGUUUUUGUUUGGGUUGGCUGUUUUGAAUAUGGGGGCGUUUUUGUUGGCGUCUUGUGUUUAUGUUUACAAAAGGGAGGCUAAAAUGGUGCAAGAGGAUGGCAACUAUGCUCAAUUAGAAGGGAAGAUUGUGGUAGAUGCAUGACUAGGGUUAUGACUUAUGAGGAUUGGAUUAGGUUAAUUUAAGUAGCUAGGAAGGUUAUUUAAUUUCUAAUGUUUUAAGCUUUUUUUCAUAAUGUAUUUGUGUAAGUGAUGAUAUAAAUAAAAAUGCAUCACCUAAGGGAAGUUAGCUA